GUGUUUAUUCUUCCUGCGAAGCAAGAGGUGAGGCACGUGAAGGUGUGACGCACGCCCUGCAAAUCCAAUGCUAAUGCUGAUAAAAAGGGACUGUAAACUUGGUCUACAUUCAACAGUAUUCGUGCAUCCGAGGUGAAGGUGGAGAACGCGCUGCUAAUAGACGGAAAUUGGUGUAUCUUCGCUGCGAACGAGGAUAAGAGCGGAGUGUAUCUUUUAACGAGAACCAAAUUGGUAUGAUACUCGCCUCACUGGAAUCUGUGGUGUAUGGAAAAGAACGAAAGAAAGAGAAGGGAACCGUGUGAGCAUUGCGAGAGGAGAAUUGAUACGACAAUUCGUGCUUCGCUUACCCACGGUACACUUGAAGCGAAGGGCGCCCAAGCCGCAGAGAGACGGGAGACGCGUAGACCGCUGAUAGAGGGGAAUCGGUGUUACUGCGGGGAUUAGUGGUAUGAGAGACUGGUAUGUCGAUUGUGAGCAGCAUGCUGCUUAAGUUGUACGCGAAGGCCACGAUUGUGCGACUGUUACAACGCUGACGCGUGUAGAGCCGAGCAUUGCGGUGAUAGUGGUCUCGAAAGUGAGCAGCAGUUAUACAAGAAAACGUACUCACUGAAUAUAUCCGGACAUUCGACCAACAUUGGUGAAUGCUCCAAUAAUUGCUUUCAUUUACGAUGAUCUAUUUAACUCCGGGAUGUUAAUGCGAUUUAACAUGAUGUUCUUUCAGAGUGCAUUGUGAAUUGGUACAAUUUCUUGGAAAAUACGGAUGUGAAUGACUCAAUCGUGAUGGUAACUUCGCAGAAACGACUAGCGUCUAAUUUCUUCAUCUCCAGUUGAUCGUUGGAUAUAAAGUUACCUGGAUCAUAAUUGCUGCUCUGUCUUUUCUGAGCCACGGUCUGCAAUGCGAAUAGAAAGUUGAGAUUAACUAACGCUGAAAAAAACAACGGACUGUGCACUCGGAAGAAGAAGCGCGAAAGAAGGCGAAUACGAGUAGGAGGCAAAAAAGCCGAAGAAGAGGAAGAGAAGGAGAACGCAGAAAUCGGUCGUCGAAAGAGUAGCGCGCGAGCAAGGUCCCCUACGGCGAUAAGGCGAGGCCCGGGUGUCGGUGGAGGGAACGUAUGUAUCGCGCGGGGCCGGUCGCGCGGACCGGGCCCGCCGCCGCCGCCGCCGCUGCCACUCGUGAGAGAUCGCGCGCUGACCCAGAUUUCGGCGGGUCAAACCGGCGCGAGGAGGCUGCGGCGGACUUUCUGAAAUGGGACACGGCACAGCCUGGAGCUAAAUUAGCCGCGAUGUCCAAUAAGAGUAAGUCCCAGUCGCAGCAGCAGCAGCAGCCGCAGCCGCAGCAUUAUCAGCAGCAACAGCAGCAGCAGCAGCAGCAUCCUCCGCACGUGAUCAAGUCAGUGGACCAACUGCCGCCGCGCUAUCAGCCCCCGCCGCAGCCUACCAGCGGCAUCCUGAAGAACCAUCUACACUUCACCAACGGAGGUACAUCGGCGCCAGGCUUGGCUCAGGCCGGCAGUAAUCAAGGUCCGGGCGCGGCCUUGAACCAUCAUCAGACCACGCAGCCGCGCACGUUGCCGCCGCCCCCGCCGUCUUCGCAGCAUCAUCAGCAACAGCAUCAAUUGCAGCAGCCAACUCAAUCACAGCAGCAAUCGCAGCAGCAGCCACCAUCGAAGGAUGCGCAGAGCAAGUACUCGCCGAGGAUAGAGCAUCAUCAUCAUCAUCCCCAACAGGGUAACCCGCUGAUCGCCGCCGCGUCGGCGGCAGCGUCUAAGAAUCAACAACAGCCGCAGCCGUCUACCUACCUCCAACAGCCUAAGCUCGGCCAAGGUCAAUACUUGCCACCCAGCAGUCAGUAUCCGGCAGUGAACAACGGCCAGAGCGCGCCGGUCAGGCAGAGGAUCAGCGACGACGAAUUUCUGCGACUUGGCCCUGUGGAGAUGCUUAAGUUCGUGCGGAAGACCGAGAGUGACAUCGCUAGGCUCGCCGCCGAGCAGAAUCGCCAGAUACAGAACUUGCUGAAUGAGCUGCGGUUGCUGAAAGAAGCCAACCAAAGACUGAACGACGAUAACCAGGAAUUGCGCGAUCUUUGCUGCUUUUUGGACGACGAUCGUCAAAAGGGUCGCAAGCUGGCGAGAGAGUGGCAGAGGUUUGGCCGAUACACAGUGAGCGUUAUGCGACAGGAAGUCUCGGCUUAUCAGAAUAAGUUACGUCAACUGGACAAUAAACAGCAGGAAUUAAUUAAAGACAAUCUGGAGCUCAAGGAACUAUGUCUAUAUCUCGAUGAGGAACGCGGUGGUGGUCAAAGGGACGACGGCGACGGGUCGAGUUCGAGCACGAACGCCGAGGAGACUGCGCCGCCGAGGCCGAGACACACUUCCACAUUUAACGACCAAACAAUGCAAUACGUGAGGAGCUUGGAGCAACGGGUGAAGCAAUUGGAAGAAGACAAGAGUGUUCUUCAGGCCAGAGCGCAAGGUUGGGAAGUGCUACCAUCAGGUGAAGUUUGGGACAGUCCCGCAAGCCCGAACGACAAUACUCACUUAGGAAGCCGACCGGAGGCCGUAGUGCGUGCUCUCCAAGUUCUCGAGGUCAGAGAACAACUGGAAAGAGAAGAAGGUCAUGAUGGUGAAAAGGCGUUAGUUAGAGAAAUGUGCAAUGUCGUUUGGCGGAAAUUGGAAGAAGGUCCGCAAGCGAGGCAUUAAUGAUUGUGCCGGGAAAACAACUGUGUUAAUUUUGGAGCGCUGUUAAUAUGUAACAAUAAGCUCUAACAUACACGACGUAAAGAUAGUAUUAUAGUGGAUAAUACGCCUGCUCUUUAUUGCUGCACUGAAUUACACUAAUUGUAAGACUUUCUAUCUCGUUUUCGCCAAACUUUAAAUAUAUAUCUAUUUCGUUUUAAGUACAACAUAAAGUGUAUAUUAGUUCAGCAACAAAGAACAGA